AUGCCGCCCGCGCGCCCGCGCGUGAAGACGGUCGAGACGAUCGACGACGUCGACGGCCUCGAGGAGGACGCCGCGCGGACGCUGUCCCGGCGGCUGUGGUACCUCGGAUGGUGCGGCCUCCCGCUCUUGUGGGCGAUGAACGCGUACCUGUUUUACCCGCACGUUCGUCGCGAUGACGACGACGCGGGCGCGCGCGCGCGACAUCAUCUCGACGUCGACGGCGAGGGAUCCUCCGAGGGGUCGUCAUCGGAGGAGGAGGAGGAGGAGGAGGAGGAGGAGGACGCGCCGCGGCGCGCGAGGGCGGUCGCGGUGAAGGACGUCGUCGUCGCGCGGUACGCGGGUCUGUCGCUCGCGGGCGCGAAGGUGGCGGGGGGGAUUUUGCUCGCGUGGGCCGCGACGUUCGCGCUGGGAGGAUUCGAGAGGGCGUUCGGCGAGGAGCGAUGGCGCGCGCUCGCGCUCAGCAGCUGGAUCGAGAUGUGA